AUAUGGUCAAGUAGGUCAAAAAGAACCAUGAGAGAUCUGGAGAAUGAUUCCAGGUUCUUUCUGCAUGAACUUGAUGUUGUUUCAGAUGACAGUAAGAAAAAUUGUGUGGCGAAUGUAAUUGAAAAGUUUGGAAGAAUUGAUAUUUUGGUUAACAAUGCAGAAGUCCAAUGUGUUGGCCCUCUUGCUGAGCUUCCUUGGUCAGCUAUGGAGCAAACUUUCAACACCAACGUUUUAGGUGCCCCGAGGAUGAUUCAAGCCGUUGUUCCCCACAUGGCUGCCAGGAAAAAGGGAAAGAUUGUAAAUACAGGAAGUAUUAGUGUUGCAAUGCCUACACCUUGGGCUGCUGUUUACGGUGCAAGUAAAGCUACCAUUCUUUCACUUACUGAUACCUUGAGACUUGAACUUCGUCAUUUUGGGAUUCAUGUCACUGUCGUUGCUCCUGGGGCAAUUAAGUCAAACAUAGCCAACUCUGCCGUUGCCAACUGCAGCACAGCUGAAUGGAAUCUAUACGAGCCAUUUGAAGACAUAAUCAAGGAGAGAGCUUAUCUUUCACAAACACCAAAAUCAACCCCAGCUGAUGUGUUUGCAAGGGACACUCUGGCUGUUUUGUUAAAGAACAAUCCCCCAGCUUGGUUCACCACUGGACAAUUCUCCACCAUCAUGGCAAUCAUUUACCAUAUGCCCAAUUGGUUUAAAGAUUUCGUUGCAAGGAGGAUAAUGAAAGGUUAA